UUCCUGUUUUCCAAACAUCACUUCCUGUCUUCUGGCUACCACAUUUUGGAGCUCAGAAGGUUUCCACAGCCCCCUAAGCCUCGUACACAUGAUCGGAUUUUCCACAGACAUAACGUCAUACUUUUUUCCGAAGGACGUUGGCCAGAAACUUGUCUUUCAACUAUAAGGGCCAGUAUUAGACGUACUACGAGACUACAAAGAGGAGAUUCAAUUGUCAUGCACCACCCCUUGGGCUCCUUCUGCUAAUUUCGUGUUAGUAGAAGUUUGGCGAGUGUUGAUUUGUGCUUUUCAGUUGGUUUAUGAACAGCCAUUCGUCUACCAGCCAUGAUGCCUAAUCGGAGGAGAGAAAAUGCUAUUAUUGGGCUUGGAGUUAUUGCUUUGGCCCAAGUCCGGAGCAGGAAGAGGAAAAAUUUUUGGAUCAAAAAUUGUUUGCUUAAUCAUGACGAAGAAUGUCCUAUGCCUUUGCUGCCGGAGCUCCAGGAGAAUAAUCCUGAUGAUUUUAGGAAUUAUCUCCAUAUGACGGACGCCUGCUUUCACCAACUCUUUGCAUUGUUGUCCCCCUAUAUUAAGAAGCGGGACACAUGCAUGAGGACUGCUAUUCCAGCAGAGCAAAGGCUCAUAGCCACCUUGCGGUACUUGGCGACGGGGAGAAGCCUCCAGGACCUCAAAUCUACUACUGGGAUCUCCCCUCAGGCUCUGGGACUCAUUAUUCCAGAGACCUGUUCAGCUAUUAUUCAAGUGCUGCAGAAGGACUAUAUUCCGUUUCCUUCCAACCCACAGCAAUGGCAAGACGUUGCAGCCCAGUUCCAGCAUCAGUGGGAUUUUCCCAACUGUGGUGGUGCUAUUGCUGGAAAACAUAUCCGGAUUGUCCCACCACCCAACUCAGGCUCAGAUUAUUUAAACUACAAGGGCUUUUGCAGCAUAGUCAUGCUAGCUGUAGUGUCUGCCACAUAUGAGUUCUUGUUUCUGGAUGUUGGGAAGAACGGCUGCAACUCUGAUGGAGGAGCCAUUAUGCAGACAGAGUUCUACAAGCGGCUCCAGAAUGGCUCCUUAAACUUGCCACCUGCUGAGGAGAAUGUUGAGGGCCUCAAUUUUGUUUUUGUUGCAGAUGAGGCCUUUGCUCUGGGGGAAAAUAUUUUGAAGCCAUUUCCUAUGAGGAACCUCACCCCAGAGCAGAGAAUCUACAAUUACAGGCUCUCUCGUGCCAGAAGGGUGGUUGAAAACGCUUUUGGCAUCUUCUCCAGUCGUUUCAGGCUGUUUUUAACACCAAUUAACCUGGCAGUAUACAAAUUAAACCAUGUGGUUUUGUGCUGCUGCAUCCUCCAUAAUUUUUUACUGAGGAAUUCUAGCAGCUACCUAGCCUCAGUGUCAACUGAUGAGGACCCUGCAGUGUCAGGCCCAGCUGAAGAGGCUGCAUCUCGUCCGUCUGUGGGCGUGAUGACGGGUCUAGAACCUGGCCAUGCCGAAUUACCCUCCCAGGAUGCCCAUGAUAUCCAACAAAAAUACCUGGAAUAUUUUGUGGGUAAAGGAGCAGUGCCCUGGCAGGAAAUUGUAGCUGAUUAUCUGAUUUGAACGACAGUGGUCUGUGUUUCUUAUUUGUCUAAUAUGUUCACAAAUGGGCAUAAUUUUGGCCACUUUCUCCAACAGUGCAAAUAUACUUUGCUACAUGAGGGGACAAUCUCUUCAGAUAACUAUUAUGGUGUGCUGUGGGUCUGUUACACACACACACACACACAAAGGGGGUUAUUUACUAGAGGCAAAUCCACUUUGCACUACAAGUGCACUUGGA